GAUGCAUAGCACACCAGUUGGCCACUAUCCCCACCAUCUGGCUCAAAUCUAUAAAUACAGGUGUUUGUGUUUCUGCUUCAUGUGCUCACUCUAAACACUUGCCUUUCUCACAACUUUUGGGAAAUGGCAGACUUCCGUGACUACACCUGUCCACUCUGUGCAGAAGCCCAGCGAGACCCUGUCACCAUUCCGUGUGGAGACACAUUCUGUUUAGACUGCAUUAAGAUCUACUGGGACCAUUCAGACCACCUCGGUGUGUACAGCUGUCCGCAGUGCCAGGCGACCUUCACUCCUCGUCCCAUUCUGAGGCGUAAUGUACCCAAUGUGGGCAACCGUGAGCAUCGGCAACCCUUACCAGAGCUCACCCCGUUUCCGUACAAACGGGACGCGCUGUGUGAUUUCUGUACGGGUCGCCGCAACAGAGCAGUUAAGUCGUGUCUGAUGUGUCUGGCUUACUACUGCGAGACGCACAUCAAGCCUCACUAUGAAUCGGCCACUUUUAAACGACACAAACUGGUGGAUGAGACAGGACACCUGGAUCGGAAGAUCUGCCCACAGCACGAGAAAGGCUUGGAGCUGUUUUGUCGCUCAGACCAGAUGUGCAUCUGUGUUCUGUGUACCGUACGAGAACAUCGCAGCCACAACAUUGUAAGCGCAGAUGAUGAACGUACAGAGAAACAGAAAGUCUUGGUGGUGACUCAAACAGAGGUUCAGCACGUUAUUCAGGAUCGCAUGAAAGAACUGCAGGAACUCAAACACAAUGUAGAUGUUCUCAAGGGAAAUGCGCAGCGAGCCCAAACUGACAGUGAUAAAAUCUUUACCGAGAUGUUACAGGCAGUAGAGCGAUGGCAUGCUGAGAUAAUCCAGCUCAUUCAGGCUAACCUGCAAGCAUCUAUGGCUCAGGCUCAGGGCUACAUAGAGAGACUUGAACAAGAAAUCAUGGAACUUCAGAAGAGGGAUGCUGAACUACGUCAGAUACUCGAAACAGAGGACAACAUCCAUUUUCUGCAGAAUUUUCCCACACUAUCCGUUGCACCGGAGCCCAUGGUGCCAAAAGUGCUCAUAAACCCAGAGUUCUCCUUUAGUGAGAUCACCAAGACCGUCUCUGACAUGAAAGAACACCUGGACGACAUCUGCAAAAAAGAGCUGGGAAACAUUUCCAAACAAGUGAGUGAUACAUCCAUCUACGUCUUGAUUCCAAGGUCUGGAGGACGUUUAAAUGCCGCACUAAGAGUAGACAUCCAAGAGCCUAAAACCAGACUGGAUUUUCUCAGAUAUUCUUGUAAAUUGACAUUUGACCUCAACACGGCCUUUAAAGAGCUAGCGCUUUCCGACGGGAACCGCCGUGUGAUCCGUAAGCGAACAACCCAGUACUACCCAGAUCACCCUGAGCGCUUUGAUGGUUUUUGCCAGAUUUUGUGCAGGGAGCCACUAAGCGGACGGCGGCAUUACUGGGAGGUAGAGUGGAAUGGAGAGUUUUCUAUUGGAGUCGCCUACAAGAGCAUCAGCCGCAAAGGUAAAAACUCGAACAGUCUUCUGGGGUACAAUGAUAAAUCGUGGAGCCUCCUAUGUUCGGACUCUGGAUACUCUGCCUGGCACAAUAAAAUGGACAAGGAUUUGCCAGGUGCAGUACAUGCCUCACGGAUUGGCGUUUACUUGGAUUACUCUGGAGGUUCUGUGUCUUUUUAUGCUGUGUCUGAGACAAUAGAGCUCAUCCACAGAUUCAAGGCCACGUUCUCUGAGCCGCUGUAUGCUGGGUUUGGUGUGGGAUCAUCUGUAACCUUGUGCGUAAUGGAGAAAAAACAAUGA